AUGGCUUUCUUCUAUCCUCGUACUUUCUACCACUCUCAGCCCUCUUUCACGCCUGUAUUUCAUCUGUUCAAUAGCCGCGGCGGCCAAUGCGAGCCCCGCCGCGCUCGGAACACCCGCCAUGUCUACCGGCAGCCAGUUCGUCCUUGGCUCCCCAGAUUUGAAGCCAAGGAAACUGGCGAUGCUUAUGUGAUUCUUGGGGAUCUCCCAGGCUUGAGCAAAGAACAAGUUUCCGUCGAAUUCCCAGAAAGCCACAAGCUGGUCAUCCGUGGAACUACCGAGCGCCGCGCGCCACAGACCCCCAACACGGUUCAAGCCACACAAGAACCAUCAGAGCCUGCAAGAGAGGCCAUCAUCGAAUCCACUCCUGCACCCGCGACCGCGUCAAUUGAGGAUCAUGACGACGACGUGUCUUCCGUCACCACAGAGGCCUCACAAGAAGCCAAGAGCGUGAGCUCCUACCAGGCCACUGUCGAAGAUGCAGACGAUGACGAUGACGACUUUGAAAUGAUCGACACAUCCCCCGUCAAGCCCAAGGAGCAGGAGAAGAAGCCUCAGCCCAAGCGAGAGGAGGUCCAGCCAACUCCCGAACGGGAGUCAUCUCCUUCGCCUCAACCACAGGAGCAGGCUCAGGCACCACUGCCCGCUGUCCCAGAAAUCCAGCCCGCCCACACAGAGCAGAGCAGGGUCCGGCGAUUUGCCCGCACGCUGAACUUCCCUGAUGGAGUUGAACUUGACCAUGACGCUGUCACUGCAGAUCUCAAGGACGGUCUCCUUCGCAUUGUUGUUCCCAAGAUCAAGCGAUCCGAGCCACGACGCGUGGCAAUUUUAUAG